UUGGACAUUUUGACCAUUAUAAACCAUGGGCCAUCAGGUUGUCGUACGCGUUUAACCGAACGAACCCGUGCAAGUGUAACAAACUUGCCAUUAUACCACCGGAAGGCGAGCAUGUCUGAGUCGGAUGGCCCAAAGCAGCAAAGGUUCACUCUGGAUAGCUUGAAUGGUUCCAGUAAGGAUUUGAAUGAGUCCAGGAAGGAUCUGAAGCCUUCUCAUUUGAGCGUUCCAAGCUUCAAUGGCAGCAUGGGAUCGCCAGAUUCAAACGCCGAGGAAGAUUCAGUAUUUAACUACAACCAGGAGAAUGAAUUCACCGAAGGCGUGUCCUGUCCCUUAUUCUGCGAGCUGCAAAAACUGUAUUUUGAGGAAAAUAGCGUGACACCAGAAUGGCGAGAAAUGGCAAGAUGGGUGAAGUACGAGGAGAUAGUGGAAUCCAAUGGUAUCCGAUGGUCGAAGCCCCACGUCGCCAGUCUCUCUUAUCGGGCACUUCAAGAAUUGAAGACAUAUCUGGAUAACGGUGUCGUAAAAUUAGGAUUCAAUGCAGGGACGAUUGACGACAUUUGGGAGGCACUGAAGGAAGACCUUGUCGGUGAAGACAUUUGCACCUGGGAAGAGGCUGAAGUCGCCAAUGACUUUUUGGAUCACAGCCCUCAUGUCCAUCAGCACCAGGUCAUCAAAUCCUCAAAGACCUUGUCGAGGUCUCCUACAUCAGUGUCGUUUGAAGGUGAAAAUGGAGUUCUUGAAGAAGCCACGCCACAAACUCCUAGAAGACUCGGCAAGACUAGAAAGGAACAUGCAUCAUUCCCACAUCUUUCACACGGUGCAUCACCAUCAACACCGACACCGUCUUCUCCAGCCCUCGGGCAUAAGACACCGACUGUUACAAAAACUACGUCGAAACGGUUUGCUCGUAAAAUCCCGAAAAAUGCCGAAGGUGCUACGUUACUCGUCGGAAGUGACGAUUCUAUCCAGCGACCAAUCGCAGCAUUCAUUAGAUUAGAGAAUAGCAUCCAUCUGCCUGGGUUCUGUGAGGUCAAUGUGCCCAUUCGGUUUAUCUUCGUUCUGUUAGGUCCGUCUUCUGGUGCGCCUGUGAUCGGUGAGAUCGGGCGCUGUAUGGGUGCUCUUCUGGCGUCAAAGGAAUUUGGAGACAUUGCGUACUGUUCUAAGCUGAAGUCUCACUUGAUCAAGGGCGUGGACAAAUUCCUUGACGACGCUACUGUUCUGCCACCUAGCGGCUGGGACCACACCAUCAGAAUAGACCCACCUGCCCAAAUAUCAAAUGUGACGUGGUCAGCCUCAUUGGGCGAAGCUCCCGUAGAGGAAAAAUACGAAGAUGACCAUGAUAUGAUCAGACGAACAGGUCGACUCUUUGGAGGAUUGGUUCAAGACAUCAAGAGAAAGGCUCCAUUUUAUCUUAGCGAUUUCAAAGAUGCGAUCCAUAUUCAAACCGUUGCUGCCCUGGUAUUCGCAUAUUUUGCAAGUCUCUCGACCACUGUCACUUUUGGUGGUGUCAUGGGAAGCGCUAUUAAUGAUAACAUGGCGUCUAUAGAGUCACUUGUGUCCGCUGCCAUUUGUGGUGUUAUGUAUGCCCUCCUCGCUGGGCAGCCCUUGACAAUACUUGGCGCCACUGGGCCCAUUCUAGUAUUUGAGACCAUCCUCUAUUACUUUUCGGUAGAUAAUGGAUGGGAGUUUAUGUCAUUUCGAUUCUGGGUUGGUAUGUGGACAGCCCUUAUACUAAUGAUCGUCGUUAUGUUCGAUCUCAGUGCCCUGGUCAGUUAUAUCACAAGAUUUACUGAGGAGAGUUUCGCCGUUCUAAUUGGCCUAAUAUUCAUUGUUGAAGCCUUUAAAAACGUGGCUAAAAUAGCAGAAAAACAACCCGUUCAUGCCCAUUGGCAUGUGAAACAUAUGACUGAAGACCAAGUUGAUAAGUUUUUUGAGUUUGAAUAUAGCUGUAAAUGCGAAUCUUCAAAUGCUGCUGCGGAUAUAUACAUGAAAAGCCUUGGAGAUAAUGCAACCACCAUAGCGAACAUGACCAGUUCUAAUUACAACACAACUGGAGUGUCAUACGACAUCCCUGUAGCCGAAUGUGAAAAAUAUAAUGCGACACUGAUUGGAAAAGGAUGCCAUGUUCCACACUAUGUACCUGACGUGUUUUUCUUUUCGGUGAUACUGUUUGUUUCUGUGUUUGCUAUCGCAUGGGGAUUAAAGAUGCUGAGAACCACCCGCUUCUUCCCAACCAUGGUUCGGCAAGUACUGAAUGACUUUGCAGUGCCAAUUUCAAUUGCCAUAGUAACUGGAAUCGAUAUAGCUGUAGAUCUGGAUACUCCCAAAUUGUUGAUCCCUUCAGAAUUUAGGCCAACAAAACUUGACAGAGGUUGGAUAAUCCCGCCAUUCGGCAGCAACCCAUGGUGGACUUGCCUGGCAGCUGCAUUACCUGCAUUACUCCUGGCCAUACUCAUUUACAUGGACCAGAUGAUAACAGCUGUCAUCGUGAACAACAAAAAAUAUAAAUUAAAGAAAGGGCCAGGGUACCAUCUUGAUUUGUUCCUUAUUUCGAUACAAGUUGCUAUUUGUAGCACAAUUGGGACUCCUUUCUUUGUGGCAGCUACUGUUCGUUCCAUUAACCACAUCCAGAGUCUUGGCAAAGAAUCAGCAGAAGCUGCCCCAGGGGAAAAACCUAAAUUCCUAGGAACAAGGGAGCAGCGUGUGACGCACCUUGUUGCUUUUAUUUUGAUUGGAGUGUCCACUCUUAUGGCCCCAGUCUUACAGAAAAUACCAAUGCCUGUGCUAUAUGGAGUGUUCUUGUAUAUGGGUGUCGGUUCUCUGAAGGGUGUCCAGCUUAUGGAUAGACUGUUGUUGUUGCUGAUGCCUCCUAAAUAUCAACCUGAUUACCCAUACCUUCGUCAAGUGCCGACACGGAGAGUCCACUUGUUUACAUUUAUCCAGCUACUCUUUCUCGUUAUUAUGUGGGUCGUCAAGAGUAUCAAGAAAAUAUCCAUUGUUUUCCCACUCAUGGUUCUUGCACUGUGUUUUGUACGGAAGCUAUUAGACUUUGUAUUCACUCAGAAUGAGCUCCGAGCACUUGAUGACAUCUUGCCAGAAAUUCGUCGCAAGGACACGCCAAAACGCCUCCUUUCUGAAGAGCCACCAGACGAGAAAGAGAUGAUGCUACUAGAUAAAAAAUCUAAGAAGAAAUUAGAAGAUGAAAAUGAAAAUAGCAAAAUUGCUUAG